AUGUCGUCUGCCCCAGACCAAAUUGCCCUGCCACCAUCCCUUGAUACCCUCUACACUUCCUACCCCGCAGGUGCCUAUGACAGUCUCCGUCUCACUGAAGACCAAUGCCUGGGUCUACUAAGAUCGCCCCUGGCGGCCAAAGUACUUGGACAUCUGGACGAGCCGCAGUCUCUUACUGAAGCCGUUCACGCCGGCAAUUUCUCCUAUAUGAAAUAUGUCCAGCGCAAUGUUGAAGCCGUGCUGGAUAGCGCCGACGACCGUGCUGUGACCCGCUCCAGACUGGUGCAUGUGGGAUACGCUGCGCUGCUGGCGUUCGUGCAAGCCAAUGUCACAGGCCCCCCGUUGCGCUUUCACGUUAGCGAUGUGGUGAUUCCAGCAGCCUUUAGGGGCAUCGGUACGCCGAGCGACACAUGUACUCUCCAGAGUCUGCAAGACGGCAUGAUUCGUGCACUCAGCGUCGAUGGCGAGGCAGCGUACAGUCUUACGCCCAACGUGGAGCUAUUUUCCGCAGCCAAGGCAAUUUUGACCAGUUCCUCGCUAUUCGAGGGUGAGAAUCUGCCCUUCAUGCCCAUCACGGCAAGAUUACGAGUGACAUUUCUGCACCAGAAGAUGCUUUCUGAGAAUACAGAUAGCUUGCAGGCUGCUAUUUAUGAUGACCUUGCGACACUAGCAGAGGGUGUCUUGGGUGAAGGCUCGUCUGCCACAGCAGAGGUACGCGCACGGUUUUUGCUGGAGCGGGCAGCUGUGCAUACGCACCAUGGCGCGGAUGCACUGGCCAGAGCAGACUUGGAGAGUGCAGCUAAGGAAAAUGGGUUCCAGUUUGCGCUGACAGGACGGCUAGGAAAGAGGACAAAGUUCCAGCAGCAUGACAUUAGCCAGUUGGUAGUUUUGGCAAAAAGCAAGGCACGACAAGCUGAUGAUGACGGCGUUGUUGCAGAAGGUGCUGCGCCAAAGAAAUUAGACUUAAAUGAUGAUACCCUGCUGGAGGCCAUCUCGUUCACAAAGGAAGAUACCAAGGCUGAGAAAAUGCCUACGGUGCAAGAUGAAGCUGCACUGCCAACAGAGUUGGCCAAGCUUGACCCGGCAGAGCAGCCGCAGUUGAACCCGCUAGACUCCAUUGUUCUCCUUGCCCUCGCUUCGGCAAUUACGAACACAAAUCCAGAAGAUGGGCUAACAAGAGAGGAGACCCUGCCUUAUGCUACUCGUGUCCUGGAUGGAGGUAGCUCCAACUGGCAAGUCUACUCACAAGCGCUGCUCGUCCGAAGCAGGAUUGAAGGAUAUCGAUCUAGAACCGUGGAACGCGGUGUUUUGCAAUUACAGGCGCUGGUAGACCAAGUCAUCGCCGAUACAACUAGCGAGGCUCCAGUGGCAGAGGGCUCAGGCGAACAGCAACCUUCCACUUUCUUGCCGCGACCUGAGAGCUCAGAGUCAGCGCCUGCAGAUGAAAGGCUGCAGUACAUCUGGUUACUUAGUUUCGUUACAAGGUGGGACCUGGAAGCAGAGCUCGCGGCUCGAUGGGUUAACCUGGGCGGGCUGAGGACGGCAUUGGAUAUCUACGAGCGACUACAGAUGUGGGCAGAAGCUGCAUUGUGCUACGCUGCAACCGAUAGAGAGGAUAAAGCCGGGCUGAUUGUUCGACGGCAGCUCUUUGAACCAUCAGGACGUGAGACCAAGAAAGAUGAAGAGGAGAAAUUUGAUGGGCCGGAGAAGUCGAUACUGCCAGUCGAUGCGCCGAGACUGUUUUGUAUCUUGGGCGACGUCGAGAAAGAUCAGACCAUGUUCGAACGCGCUUGGAGUGUUUCUAGCCAGAGAUAUGCUCGUGCACAGCGGGCAUUGGCGCGAUGUUACCUAGGACUCAAACCACCUAACUAUGAGAAGGCAGAGGAAGCGUACCGGUUGAGUCUCAAUAUCAAUCGGUUGAACCAUGGGGCCUGGUUCGCGAUCGGCUGUAUUCAGCUGGAGCUGGAAAAGUGGCAGGAUGCGGUGACAUCGUUCACGCGAACAGUGCAGAUCGAGGAAUCAGAUGCGGAGGCGUGGAGCAACCUGGCUGCUGCGUUGAUGAAUAUUCCGCCCCCAAAACCCUCGAAGCCGUCAGACGCAGCCCCCGAUGAGGAGGCCGAUGAGCAGGCUGAGGUUUCUGUGGACGAGUAUAAGCCCAAGCGCGAUGCUCUUGCGGCUCUGCAUCGUGCUGCACGAUUCAAACACACGGACUAUCGGAUCUGGGCAAAUAUCCUGGCAGUAGGUGCAUCAAUCCCACCGCCGCAGACUCCGUUCCGAGACGUCAUGCAAGCCCAAAAACGCAUCAUCGAGCUUCGCGGUUCUAAAGACGGCGAGAAAUGUAUCGACGUUCCGUUCAUCACUGUGCUCAUCAACGCCCUCUCUGCAGGCUACAACUUUGAUGACCCCAACUCCCCAUUCUCAGGCUCCAAAACACACCCCCGCCCUGGGACACUCCUGGCGCUCAUCUACUCGCUUGUUGACGACUACAUCACUCCUCUAAUCACACACUCGGCCGCACUCUGGCUCGUUGUGGCAAAAUUGGAAAGAUGGCGGGACCGUCCUUCACGGGCGCUCUCAGCCCAUGAAAAAGCCUGGCGGGCGACAGUAGCCGGGUGCACCAGUGCGGCGUUCCAGAUGGGCGACGAGAAGAAGUGGAUGGAGAUCGUGGGGGCGACGGAGAGGCUGGUGCGAGACGGCUACGCAAGCCUAGGAGGGAUGGACCGGGAAGAAGGAAAGGGGGAGAUGGUGGCUCGCGAUUGGCGGUUCAAAGCCCGGAGCGCAGUGCGAAGCAUGCUGUCGAAGGGGGCCGAGGUCUGGGACGGGUCGACAGGGUGGGCGAGAUUGAAAAUGCUGGCAGAGGAGGUGAGUGGAGGGUCGUGA